UGUCUGGAAAGAAGUUGCGGAGAAUUUUAACUCGCUUAACCCUGGCCAGAAACCGCGCAAACCUAAUCAGUUGAAGAGAUCUUUGGAUCACAUAAAACGACGUGUGAAGGAGGAACAGUCUAAGUACCGACGCCGAGUCCUUGCCAAUGAAGGAGGUCGCCGCCAGACCCCCAAAAUUUACAGAGGCGAUGAUGUCAGCAAUGGAGAUCAUGGGGCAGGAAUUAUCAAUUAAUGACAUCUCAUUUGUUUCUGCUACGAUGCCCAAUGCAAAUAAAGAUGGCCCUACCCAUAUGGCUACUACAGAACUCGAGCCUGAAUCCAGUUCCACCCCUGCUGUCAACACCACUGAUGCUGUCCCCUCAAAUUCAGCCUCCACCUCUCCUGUUGUACCUUCCACGCCUUCCCCAUCACUCGAGUUUUCUGCACCACAUGUUCCAUCUACAUCUUCCAUACCUAUGGUACCUGGCCCUUCACGUCCAAACAAAUCCUCUUCUGGACAUCCUGCUCAGCACCCCAACAGGCAAAGUGACCGAGACCCUGGGAAGAAGAAAAGUCUGCAGGAGUGUUAUCAGAUUGCGCAAGAAAGCCAAGAUGACUGGCUGCAGACAAAGAAGAGGUUGUUGGAGGCGGAACACCAGGAGAAGAUGAAACUGUAUGAGAAGGCAGGAAGACUGAUCGACAGUGUUCAGCAGCACAUAGACUCCUUAGGCCAUUCGUUUUCCCUCUUCCUUGCAGCAGGCCAGAAAGCCUACGCUGAGAUGGCGGAGUCAUACAAGCGUACGGCUGAGAAAAAGUGAUAUUUUGUGUGUCAUUUAUUAUGGGUGUAGGAAGCCAUAGUUUUAUAUGAGAAAGAAAAGAGUGUGGUUAUAUAUAUUAGAAUGAUUGGGUUCCUUUUCAAUAUUGUAAAGAUGAAUAUGAUGACAUACAUCUCAAAAGAAAUAAAAAUAAUUAAUAAU